AUGCCCACCCCCAUCACCAUCGUCGCAGGCGUAGGCCCCGGCACAGGCGCCUCCGUCGCCCGCCGCUUCGCAAAGUCCUACCCGGUCAUCCUCCUCGCCCGCAACCCCGAAAACUACGAGUCCCUCGCCAAAGAAAUCAACUCCUCCGGCGGGAAAGCCGUGGGAAUCAGCACCGACGUCUCCAGCGAAGAGUCUCUCAAGAACGCAUUUUCCCAAAUUGAAAAGGAGUUCCCGGGCGCACCUGCUGCCGCGGCGGUGUUCAAUGCGGGCGGCAAGUUUGUGCGGAAGGGGAUUUUGGAGCAGACGGUGGAGGAGUUCACUGCGGGGCAUGAGGUGGCUGUGAAGGGGGCUUUUAUCUUCUCGCAGAAGAGCUUGCCUCUUCUCCUCAAGCACGCUGAGGAUAAGGGCGCGAAGUACCCACCGACGCUCAUCUUCACUGGUGCCACAGCUUCCGUCAAGGCGAAUGCCCUCCGAGCGGGCUUCGCGUCCGCUAAGUUCGCCAUGCGUGCGCUAUCGACGUCGAUUGCGAAGGAGUUCGCGCCGCAGGGCGUGCAUGUUGCGCAUGCGAUUAUUGAUGGUGUGAUUGAUAUUCCGAGGACGAAGGAGUGGUUGAAGGACCAGCCGCCAGAGGCCAAGAUUGAGGCUGAUGCCAUUGCGGAGGCAUACUGGAAUCUGCACACGCAGAGUAAGAGGUGCUUUACGAAUGAGAUUGAUAUUAGGCCCAUGUUGGAGAAGUGGUAG